AUGGCAGCCAACCACGCCGAGUAUAACUGGAUCGAGGACGUGGAGCACCUUGAAAAAUAUCAGCCUGGGGGUUAUCAUCCUAUAAUCAUCGGCGACGUGUUACAUGACCGUUAUCAUAUUGUAGAUAAACUUGGCUUUGGGGGCUAUUCAACGGUUUGGCUUGCCCGAGAUACUCGUCUGGAGCGAUAUGUCGCUCUCAAGGUCAACAUAUCACAAUCGGUUCCGCGCGAGGCCAAAGUCCUCAAAGCUCUGUCAUCUUCGCCGAAGAAUUCGAAGUGCAAGGUCCUAAUGGACAACAUACCUGCUACACGGUGCCCCCUGCGCAAUGCAACCUUAGAGAUGCUGCCUUUAGCCGUCUUUUUUCCCCUCGAUGUUGCUCGAGCACUAUCAUACCGAGUCGCACAGGCCGUUGCUUAUACACAUUCACAAGGCUAUGUCCAUGGAGUCAAGCUCCCGUCAAGUUUUGAUAAGCUCUCUAUCAAGCAAUUCUACGAGAAAUAUGGCGAACCCGAGAUGAUCCCUAUCACACGAUGUGAUGGAGAGCCAUUACCCCCUAAUGUUCCGACUACGGCUACUUCGCCACUAUUCCUGGGGAAAUAUGCGGAGAAAUUCUCAUUGUCCGACGCGCACCCGCUUCUAAGCGACUUUGGUGAAGCGUUUUCCCCUGCUUCGGAAAUACGCCUUGGGCAAGACUGCAAUACGCCAGCCGCGUUUCGGGCCCCAGAAGCCAAGUUCGAAUUGCAAAUCCCGCUCGCUUAUCCCUCGGAUAUCUGGAGUCUUGCUACCGCAAUAUGGGAGAUUAUGGGAAUAAAGUCUAUAUUUAGCGCCGAUUAUAUACACGAGGAUGAGGUAACGGCUCAACAUAUUGAUGUACUCGGACCUAUGCCAUCGGAUUGGUGGCAGCGCUGGGAAGGACGACCCCGAUUUUUCGAUGACUAUGGAGGUCCAACGGAGUCUUAUAAGAGAAACAAAUGGCCUCCGCUUGAGGAAAGAUUUGAGAUCUGUAUACAGAAAUGGAGACGGAAGUUUGUUGGAAGCGAGAUUGAGGAAGACGAGAAAGCUGCGUUUCUAGAUUUGAUGCGCCGGAUGCUAUCAUUCCGGCCAGAAGAACGACCGACUGCUGAAGAGGUGCUAAUGUCAGACUGGAUGGUUAAAUGGGCAUUACCCGAUUGCGAGCGGUGCUAA